AUGACACGAAGUUUGUCAGAAUUCGCACCAUUUAAUGAGAUUCUUGGUACAGCUUCAACAAAUGUUCCAGCUUAUUCAAAUCAUAGUGAUGAAUUCUUUUCUAUCGAAAGAAAUUUUCUUCAUGGAAUAUUUACAGGAAUCAAAUGGCAAUGUGUAGAAUAUGCUCGUCGAUGGUUAUUAUUACGAAAAGGUUGUGUUUUCAAAAAUGUCCCGUGUGCUGCAGAUAUUUGGUCUCAAGUCAAUACUAUUGAACGUGUUACUGAUGCAAAACAUUUUUCGUUAAAAUGUCAUCCAAAUGGAUCUUCUGAACCUCCAACGAUAGAUUCACUUCUCAUCUAUUCUCGUAGUGAAGAACAACCUGUUGGACAUAUUGCUAUUAUUUGUGGAGUUGGACCCAAUUAUGUUCGUAUUGCUGAACAAAAUAAUAAAUUUCAUUUUUGGGAUAAUGAUUAUGCUCGAGAAAUUCCCUUAGAAUAUAAAGAUGGUCUUUAUUAUAUUGAAGAUGAAGAUCCCAUUUCUGGUUGGAUAGAAAUUGAGGAUCAUCAUCAGUUGGAACCAUUUCAUGAAUCACAUAUCUCUAGUAUUCUUCAACAAUAUCAACAAGCUCAAUCUGUAGGUCAAUUAGAACGCUCUUUCAUUAAAUAUCAAUUAGAUCAAUCAAAAAUACCCUGGUUAAAUAAAGAUGAUCCAGUUGAAAAGUUCUUUAUGGAACUUUACGGCGAAGAUAUUCGACGAAUUAAUCAUUCAAAUGAACAUCUUUCCUAUUAUAAGAUUAAUCAAGAUUUAAUAUUUAGUGUCGCCAAUGUCACUAAUGAAUUACACCGAAUGUUUAUUCGAGCAACUCACUAUGUUAUUCAAGAUAAUGAACUUCUAGAAAGUUUUUCUAUUCCAAAAAUCUUUUGGAAUCGUAUUCGUCAAUCAUGGAUCAAUGAACAAAAUUUUUCUGCACUUAGUCGGUUGAAUAUUGCAUUUGAUGGUCAACAAUUUAAAGCUUUGGAAUAUCAUGCUGAUAGCGAAUCAGCACUUUUUGAAUGUGCUAUUCUACACGGAAAAUGGGCUGAACAUGUUCAUUUACCAUCGACUUUCAUGUCAGCAUUUCGUUUACAUCGUAUUUUGGUUAAUAAAUGGAAACGAAUGAAUAUCAACACAUUAAUUCAUGUUUUAAUCGAUAACGAUCAUGAUCAACAUUUAACUGCUCUUUAUAUGCAAAAUGUAUUUCGAGAAGCUGGCAUUGAAUCGAAGUUAUGUAUGAUGACUGAACAAUUCGUUUGGAAAGAUUCAAUUAUAGUCGAUAGUGAUGGUAUCCAAGUGAAAUUAGUUUGGAAACUAGCGAGAUGGGAAAAUGUUUUUCAAGAUUAUCUCCAAAUGAUCAAAGAACGUGGAUUUGAAAAUAAUAAUUCGGAGCAACUCUUUCAUCAAUGGAAACCAAUGGUUAAUGAACAUCCAAGAUUAAGUGAAAUUUUAUUGAAUGAUCAAAUUAGAGUUAUUGAACCGUUAUGGACAGUCAUUCUAAGUAGUCGAGCUAUUUUACCUGUUCUAUGGACAUUAUAUCCAAAUCAUCCACUCUUAUUACGUACUCAAUGGCAUUUAACCGAUGAUCUCAAACAAAAAUCGUUUGUUAAAAAACCAAUUGUUGGUCGCUGUGACCACAAUAUGAUAUUAUCGAAUAAUAAUGUUGAUUCAGUUAAGAGUGAUAAUGAAAUUAAAAUUUCUGAUCAAAGUUUUAUUUAUCAAGAAAUGUUUCAAUCAAAAACCUACGAUGGAUAUUAUCCGAUUAUUGCAAGUUGGAUUAUCCAUGAUCAUUUUGCUGGUUUCGGUAUUUGUGAAGAUCAACAAUUUGAUACUAAUGCAAAUAAUGCAACAAUACCUUGUUGUAUCAUUUGGAGUGAUCAAGAUGAUUAG